AAAGAACAAUUAAUUGCAUAUUGUAUCUUUCACAAAACCCUUACUGCUGGUCGGCCUUGAUACGGACAAGCUAACCGCUAUGAGCAGCGCGACUUCUGCAGCUGAGGAUGUUUGCUGCAAGCGACUUGUUGGCAAGGUGGCCCUGGUGACUGCUGCAACGGCCGGGAUCGGUCUGGCCACUGCGGAGCGUCUGGCGCAGGAGGGCGCUAGCGUCUUCAUAUGCAGCCGCAAGCAGAGCAAUGUGGAUGAGACGGUGGCGGCGCUGCGGUCCCGCGGGCUGGAGGUGGCGGGCUGCGCAUGCCACGUGGGCAGCGCCGAGCAGCGGCGGCAGCUGGUGGAGCAGUGCGUGAAGCGCUACGGCGGACUGGACAUGCUGGUGAGCAACGCCGCGGUGAACCCGGGUGCGGGGCCGCUGGCGGAGACCCCCCCGGACGUGAUCGACAAGAUACUGGACAUCAACAUCAAGUCCGCGGUGCUGCUGGUCCAGGAGGCGCUGCCGCACCUGCUGCGGCGACCCGGGGCCUCCAUCGUGUUCGUGUCCUCCGUGACCGCAUUCAACCCUGCCGCACCCAUCGCCAUGUACGCCGUCUCCAAGACCGCACUACUGGGCCUGACCAAGGGCCUAGCCGCGGAGCUGGGUCCCCGGGGAGUGCGGGUCAACUGUGUGGCACCCGGCAUCGUGCCGACCAAGUUCUCCGCCGCACUGGUACAGACGCCGGAGCUGGCUGCCCGGCAGGCGGAGGGCACCCUGCUGCGGCGGCUGGGUCGGCCGCAGGAGCAGGCGGCGGCAGUGGCCUUCCUGGUGUCCCCGGACGCGGCGUACGUGACGGGGGAGACGCUGGUGGUGGCGGGGGGCAUGCAGAGCAGGCUGUGAGGGGGUAAAGAGGAAACAACUAACUGACUGAGGGAUAAGGCGUCAACAUGGGUUGCAACAUGUGAGCCAGCCCGACCCGCCCAGCCCGCUGUGAGGGGGGGGGGGUGAGGCGGCGGGUGGAGGGGCCUGUGACCCCUGGGUCGCUGCGUUGUGGAUGUGCAGGGAGGUUCGGUAGUAUACUGCAUGGGGGAUACAGAGGAGGAGUACUACAUAGGGGAGUGGAGGAAGAAGCUGCAUGGAAGGGGGUGUUGCUGCUGCUGCUGGCCUGGUUGACAGCAUGUGUCAGACUGCUGGGCUGCCUUUGGAUUGACUCAAAUCUUACGCACUGCUAUGGACGGGAGGAGGAGGUAUGGGUAUGGGGGUUGAAAGAUGGGAACCCCGAGCGUACUAGCUCUGUGUACGAGCGCUGUGGGGUGGAGGCUGCCAACCAGUGCACGGGGGGUCUGCGGAUGCACGACGCUGCCCAGCAGUGCAUGCGGAUGCACGAUGCUGCGACGUGUCCAUAUCCAACCGCCAUCCCUCAUAUGUUUCUCCAACCCAGUGAUAUGUUACAGGCUCCCCUCCCUCAACCAGCGGCUUGCAGCACCCCGCUGUGUCGUACACCCUGC